AUGGAAACCCUGGAAGGAGCUGAACUCUGCUUUCCACAACUCCUCAACACCUCCUGCAGGAAGCCGAAGCCUCCUGACUCUGAGGCCUUGAUAAUCUACAUCCUGAUGUCCUUAAUCGCUCUGCUCACUGUGGCUCUCAACCUGCUGGUCAUCAUCUCCAUCUCCCACUACAGGCAGCUCAACACUCCCACCAACCUCCUCCUCCUCUCUCUGGCUGUGUCAGACCUCCUCGUGGGCCUCCUGCUGAUGCCAAGUCAAAUCGUCUUGGAAGCCUGUUGGUUUCUGGGGGACUUUGUGUGUUCACUGUAUUACUUUGUCGACUUUACUAUAACUUCUGCCUCAGUAGGAAAUAUGGUUCUGAUAUCAGUCGACCGCUAUGUGGCUAUUUGUGACCCUUUGUGUUACCCCACCAAAGUCAUUAUGAAACGAGUUAAAAUCUGCAUUUGUCUGUGUUGGAUCUAUUCUGCUUUCUACAAUGGUUUGAUUCAAAAGGAUCAUCUCACACAACCAGGCAGGUAUAAGUCAUGCCAUGGAGAGUGUGUCAUUGUUGUUGACUACAUCUCAGGAGCUGUUGACCUUGUUUUCACCUUUAUUGCUCCUGUUACUGUGAUCACAGUUCUGUAUAUGAGAGUGUUUGUGGUGGCUGUGUCUCAGGCUCGUGCCAUGAGAUCCCACAUUGUGUCUGUCACUCUGCAGCCUUCAGGGACUGGAACUGCUAAGAAAUCGGAGCUGAAAGCAGCCAGGACUCUCGGGAUUGUCAUAGUUGUGUUUCUAAUAUGUCUUUUUCCUUAUUACUAUCCCUCUCUUACAGGCCAAGACACCUUGAUCACUGCUUCAUCUACAGCUGCUGUGACCUAUGUAUUUUAUUUUAACUCCUGUCUAAACCCUGUGAUCUAUGCAUUUUUCUACCCCUGGUUUAGAAAAGCUAUUAAACACAUAGUUUCACUGCAGAUCUUAAAGCCUGACUCCUGUGAUGCCAACCUACUGUAG